UCCGUGUGACCCGCAUGCAUAUCGCAUCAAUGCGACGUAUAUAAAUUGAUUUUUCUCGCCGGAUAUAUCGCGCGAGAGUCUACACGCGCACGUCGAUUCUACGAUGAUCAAAACUAGUCCAGUGUCUUCAUGAUAUCUUCUUGCGUUCUCAUCGAUAUUAUCUCCCUGUUCUUUGUACGAAAACAUUGCAACGAGAAUUUCUUUAUCAAAAGUCGACGUCCGUGAAAUUAACCAGUUACCAUUAAGAAUCAGUAUUUUAUUUCGUCCACGCAUCUGUUCUAUUUUUAGAGGGAGGAACACUCUCUCAAAAAGAUCUGUUAGUUAGAAACGGUACGCGGUCACGGGAAAACCGAGUCAUGUCGAUUUUGAGCGUGAUAAUCGUUCUGUUGAUCACCGGUUGCAUUGGUCAAGAGGAGCAGACACCGGAAGUUCCUAGUUUCUUCCGUCCAUCGGGGGAGAACCGAGGGAUACAAGUAUUCUUCGAGCAAUGCCGUGACACCAAUCUAUGGAAAGGUCAGCUGGCACGCGUCAAUGUCUUCGCGUUUUUAGAUCCUUCUUGGUACUACAGUUAUAAGCAGACAAUCAUGUUAAAAUUAUUGAAAGAACGAUUAGUCAAAGCGGGCUUCACGGAUAUUUUGUUCUUCGCCGUGACACCGCCGCCGGACUUGCCAGAAAAUACCUCGGGGAAUCGUAUCGAGAUAAGAACAUGGAAGGAAAUGUCUAAAAUUUUAUGGAGAUCGGAAUAUUCAGCUUACUUAGACGAAACGGUGUUUAACGAUAAAGAUGACAAGAAUGAUAUAAUCGUCCUUCAAGACACUCCUGAAUUGAACAUUUGGGAAAAUUUUCGCGCCUUGAAGGAUGAAGUGAUAAUCGUCGAUGGUUGUGGAAAACUGACUUAUCAAGUUAUAAUUCCUUGGAGCAUAUAUCUCCCUUACGUUAAAGCAGCCAUUCUUGCGACGUACAACGAAGACCCUUGUGGUCCUUGCGAUGUGCAAACGUCUCAAGAAAGCGAUUUAAUGUACUAUGAAGAUGAUCUAAGAAAUACGAAUUUGAACGAAAAGGAAACAGAGAAUGAGCAAAAGAGAAUUGAAGAUGGGCAAAAUACGAGUACCACUUCUUUUAAUAUGAAUAUAACUUCUGAUACCACAGUAGCUAUAGAUACAAAUUAUAAUAGCACGAAUCAAUCGAAUAAAUAUAUUCCGACGACGGAAGAAAUAUCGACUAUGAUACCAGAUUUAGAAACUACUGUCAAUACACAGACAAAUGUAGAUAAUAACAAUUCGUUUUCAGCGAUUAAUAACGUGUACAUCGAUAACAGUACGAAUAGUGAAAAUAAUUUAGGUGUCAAAGUAGGGGAAGAAGAUCAUAAUGCUACAAGUGAAGAUACUCGGAGAGAAGAGAAAGUACAGACUGAAACCGAAACAUUGCCAUUACGCAUCAUAUUAUAUGCUCCUCAUUUGCAUCAAGAAGCCGAUAGGUUGAAAAAGUACACACACAUGGUAUUAAAGACAGGGAGUCCUGAUUAUCACGAUCAUUUCAACACCAAGAAUGAAAUGCCUGAUCAAGAAAUAGUAGUACCCCAAAAAUUGAAUUCAUCGAUGUUAGAGCAUAAAACGUUAACUGAAUACGUGAACAAUAUAAACGAGAGCCCAGGAACGUACGGAGAAAUUGCAGACUAUUGGCGAACUCAAGAUGGCGCAGAAAUUACUGAUAAAAAUGAAGAUGCAGAAUUUCUAGACUACGACGACACUACGGCGGACGAUACAGAAAGUAAUAUAAAUGAUGCCUCCGUAAGUGAAAGCAGCAUCGUGAGACUAAGUGAUGCAAUUGACACGAAUACAAAUAUUGAAAAUAACGAUGAUACGAAUGACUUGAUGCAGCAAAGAUUAAUGGACCAUUAUGAUAGACUGUUAACAUGGAUUUACUACAAUAUUUAAUGAACAGAUCAUGUUUAUUCAGGA